AUGCCAUGGCACACUAUAGGUUUCAUUGAUGACAUCAAUGAUAAGGUUGCAGUAUUCAAUAAUAUGAUUCACAGCAUUUUUGAUAGGCAUGCCCCUGUGCGUACUGCGCAUCCUAAGCGGAAACCAGUGCCCUGGAUGAAUGAAGAGAUACUGAUUGCCAGACAAAGAAUUUCAGAAGCAGUUCAGUCCAUGAACCAGAAUAUUGAGUCACUCCUGCAGUGGACUGAUGCCCAUCAGCUGAUCCUCAAUGCACAGAAGACGAAAAGCAUCAUUCUUGGCUUCCCAAGUCUUCUGAGCAGAGUUGAUCAGGAAAGACUCCCGGCUAUCACUGUUGCAGGAAAUGUUGUUCCCUACCUGAAGAGUGUGCGAACUCUUGGACUGUAUCUAGACCAGAGUCUUAGCUGGAAGGAGCAGACCACUCAUGUAUGUAACAGAGUGUUUGCAGGCAUGCACCAGCUCAAACGUCUGAAACAUUUCCUGCCUCAAAGCACACGUAUCCUAUUGAUGGCUGACAAUAACCCCCGCCAAGGACUCCCGCAGAGACCUCACAGCAUGCAAAGUGAAAAUAUCACUGUGUUGAUGGGGCCUGCUGCAAUCAUCCUGCAACACUUGAACGCUCUGGGAGCUCAAUCUAUACAUCAGGGGCUGCAGACAAUCCAUGAUGGUCAACACCAGCAGCAACCAACCUCCCAAGACAUCAGAUCUCGACCCCCACAACAACAUUGUGGAAACAUCACCCCCAAACGUAGCAAUAACGAUCUCUCCACCCCCACCAGCAGACAAGGCGCUAUCAGACGCAAUCAAAAAACUUUUAAUGAAACACCUAGAUCGAGUAGUGUAACUCCUCCUUUGAAGUUGGAUGUCAACCACCGUCGUCAAACAGAAAAGUGUAGUCCUAAAUCUGAGCAAGGAUUGGAGGAGGGGUACCUUGCAGGACAUGUCACACUUGACAAGGAUCGUCCUCAGGUUUACCUUACAGGUACACUAAAGCCCGGAGCUUGUUUUGAGGAUGUGACCAGGGAGAGCGUGGGUGACUGCUCAGAUUUGGGGCCUCUGGAUGCGGCAGUGUUGAUUGGAGGGGGUAAUGACAUUGCCAGAAAUGAUGCCAAAGGUUUUAUAUCAGUCCUGCGUAGGAGGCUGGCUGAUUUAAGACACACCAGAUUUGGCUUCCGAAAAGGCCUCUCAACCACACAUGCUCUUAUAAAACUGGUUGAAGAAAUUCUUGACUGCUUUGAAGAUAAAUCCGCUGCCGCUGUCUCUUUCUGUGACCUCAGUCGUGCAUUCGAUUGUGUGUCACAUGAUAUCCUCCUGGCGAAAUUGAAACACCUUCAUGUUGAGGGACCUGCUCUUGAGCUAUUUUCUUCCUAUUUGCGAGGCAGAGUGCAGUACGUCUCCGUGAAUGGUGACAACUCUCGCGUUUUGACUGUGGAGUGUGGUGUGCCUCAGGUGUCUGUAUUGGGUCCAGUGCUUUUUCUGAUCAUGAUUGAUGAUCUUAGCAUAAAUGUCCCAACAAAAAUCUUCAUGUAUGCCGAUGAUACCACAGUUCUUAAUAAGCAUAAAAAUGAUGCUCAAGCUGUUGCACUGUCGGAGAGGAAUCUGGAGUCGGUGCAAACUUGGUUGAAUGCCAACGAACUGUUCCUCAACAAAGCCAAAACCACAACAGUCACUUUUAGGCUCAAAAAGGGAUCAGCAACAAAUGAUACUGGUGAGGAGCAGAAAUUCCUAGGAAUAAUUAUUGACCCUACUCUAAGUUGGGCACAACACAUUGCUGUUCUGAAAAGUAGGUUGAGCAGCGGUGUGUUUGCCCUAAACGAUUAUGUGGGGAGCUGGACCAACAUGGACUAUGUCAGGCUUAUUUUGAAGGCCCAAGCGUCGUUGAGCUCUCCUGAUCAGUCUACGAUCACCGACUAUUCUCAAGUGAAGAGUGAGAUCUCAAUGCACUUCCAACGUUUGCACGGCCUGCUUCAGAUCCGUGAGAACUAUCUUCUCAACUUGGUCAGCAAUCUGGAAAACUAUCAGAUCAACUCACUGCAUGACGUCAUCGACCAGCUGUCUACGUCGUUGUCGGAUGCUGAGGUAGUGCUGAGAGAGGCCAGAGAAGCAAUGAGGCCCGAAAAGUUCGAACUGAUCGAUGCCAAUAUUAUACUGAGAUCUCUGCAAGAAGUGUGUUCCAUGCCUUGUUUCCUCCUGCCUUCUGACUACAGUGGAACAAACAACGAAGAUAACACUGAAAAAAUGGUAUUAAAAUUCAUGGUUGAUGACAAAGUUGAUGCAACUCUCAAAGACUAUGGAAUGCUAACCACGCCCUCGAGAACUAAGUUCGUGCUGAAAUCGGAAGAGGACCUUCCCGCAGAUUAUAGAGCCGAUCCUGUUCCUGAAGAAAUGGAGCUAGAGCCUUUCCUUUUGGACGACCACCAUUCAGUGUCUUCAACAGGGGGCGGCAGGGGGGCCGGAGGCGGGAGCGUGGGAGGUGGAGGUGGCGACACUCGGAUGUCGGCGUCACUGAGCGACAUCUCGGCGUCGUCUUCGUCAGUGCGUGUCCUCGACGUGAUGCACACGCGGCGCGUGCCACCGCUCGGUGAUGCAGACGCUGAGUCGCCCGCCCAUCCCCCUGACGCACCAAUUUGGAUGCUCAAAACUGGCUGCCCGCGUAACGAUCUCUCGCCAGGAACCAUUGAAGAAGUCAUGAUGAGUCAUAUUAUGAGCCCAUCAUUAUUCUAUGUGCAUAGGAAAUGUGUGAAUUUUUAUAUGGAGCAGAUCCGACGUCUUAUUGGUAGGGCGCUUCACCAGAGAGCCCCACCUACUGAAGUAAAACCAGGAUGGAUCUACUUGGCGAAAUAUUCUGCAGACAACAGAUGGUACCGAGCUAAAGUCAUCAAAUUCUACGAUGCAAAUAAGAUACAUGCUCAAUUCAUUGAUUUCGGAAACGAUGAAUAUAUCACCUUGGCAAAUAUCGAGUACUCGACAGAGAAAAUUCAAGAAAUUCCAGCUCUAGCAACCGCGUGCAAGCUGCACCUCUGCAAACCGUCGCCCGGCCCUGAAUGGGACCCCAGUGCUAUCAAAAUUAUGGCAGCCAUGUAUAAGAGCAGCUCGACACUCCGCAUGCAAGUAAUGGAGAACAAGAGUGGCAGCGGUAGACCAGUGGAGGUGGAAUUGCGUUGUUUCUUAGGUGGCACCAGCUCUCUCCUCAGAGACACGCUCUUCUUCCAUGGAUUUGCAACCCACACCAGUACCACAAACUACACGCAAUUGAAGAGUUUGAUGCUCCAGAGUCAAUACCUUACAAGAACAAACACUCACAAACCAGGAAGUGCAUUCGAUGGAGUCGUUACGUAUAUCAAGGAUCCAUCCAACUUCUACGUCAAUUCAGAUAUGAUCUUCUACGAUAGAUUGAUGUGUGAAUUGAAUACUUACUACAGUCAUCCAUCGCAGACUGGUCCAAAAUUCUUCUAUCCAAGUAAAGGUUUGGCUGUGGCGGUUUUCGACGAGCAGCAAUGCGGAUGGUUCAGAGCCAAGGUCACCGGCCACCCGGGAAAUCAAACUGUUGAACUGUUCUAUGUGGAUAUUGGCCAAACUGCCGUUGUCAAAUGGGAGGCUAUCAGAGUACUCGAGGACAAGUUCCUACGUGCUUCCCAAUUGGCUGUCAAGUGUGAGCUGUACAAUGUUGUACCGAUAACCGGGUCAGGUUGGCCGGCAGCUGCUAACGAGGAGUUUAGAAAGAUGGCGCUGGGCCAGAUGGUGAGAGUGAACGUGGUCGAGGAGAAUUCCACUGGCCUCUCUGUCGUCCUCUACCGAACCAUCAAUCUUCAAGAGGUGUGCAUCAAUGGCCACCUCAUUGAACAACAACUUGCUGCCAGUACUUCAAUCAUAUCACCAUUCUCGAAUCACAGAGGGAGAAAGGCAUUGCUUCCUACUCCGCCGGGAAAGAAAAAAUCCUUUGAACAAGUUAUAACAAAACCUAGCUAUAAGUCUGCCAGAACGAGGAAAUACCGUUCGCUAGAAGCACAGAUCGGCCCCGCUACAAGCAUCCAAGCGGCGGCCGUUUCACCAAAGCCAAUGUCCGAAGAAGAAAAAGAAAAAGAAGAUGCUGAAGAUGAACAUUUGAUAAUGCACGAAAAUCGUUUUCCCUGCACAAUCAUCAAAAUCAUUAAUCCUUCGCACUUCCAUGUUACAUUCUACAGUGGGAUGUUGGAAAAAUUGAAGCAAGAUAUAACUAAGUUUUAUUUGAAUGAAAGCAAUCGGGAAGAAUAUAAGAGAGAGGAAGAGUGGAAGAAAGGCGACAACUGUGUGUUCCAAAACAAGGACAGAGCUUGGUAUCGUGCUACCAUACAGAGCAUUUCGGAUGACAAAGCAAUGGUAAUGUACAUUCAGAGAAAUAAUUUUUGAAUUCUGUACUGGAGU